AUGAGUCUCAUCAGCAAUUCGGACUACCCAAUCACAAUCAACGGGACGUCCAUAGCGCUAAGCAGUAGUGACGUUGCCGCCGUUGCGACUGGCCCGUUGAAAUACAAUGUCUACCACCAGGAUUCCAACGGGGCAAUACGCGAGCACACUUACAACGGUGAAUGGAGUGCGACCAAGUCGCCAACUUUCAGCGCAAAGUUGUCCAGUCCUUUAGCUGUGAUUAGCUUCGAUGAUGGCAAGGAGGUUCGAGUCUAUUGUGUCUCAAAAGCCAGAUAUCUUGAAGAGUGGUGUCUCUCAGCCGGACAGAACGAAUGGGUCUUCGGCUAUCUCACCAAUUCCAGGUUCCGUGUGGGUGAUAAUACGAGACUUGCCGCUGUGUACUGUGGGGAUGGUGAUAUCCGGGUCUAUGCUCAAGGCAACCUAAAAACCGACAAGAUGCUACCCCACACUUCAAUCACUGCCGUUGCGUGGUAUAACUCGGCCGCGUAUAUACUUGUUUACUGCCAGGAUGAUAAGAGUAAUAUCGUGACGUACAAGUGGGAUCAUGGAUGGAGCUCCGAUGUUAUAGUUACUGGACGCCCGGAGCCUGGAAAACGCAUUUCAGCCCUCAAAUGGGGCGAUGAGAGCGUGAAGUUGUAUUACCAAGCAGACGACGACAAGAUCUAUGAACACGUCCAGUCUAACGGCAAGGUUUAG